AUGGGACCUAGAUCCGCCCUCCAUGAGCAAGCAAAUUUUUACUAACUAAGGAAAGUUUAAUGUUUUUAUUUAUUGCAGUUAAAUAUUUAAAAAAUUCUUACUCACUUAAUUUUAUAAAAUUUAUGUUUAGAAUUGGCUAUGUAAGUUUCAAUAGAAUUAGCAAGAAUUUCAUUAUAAUAAUUAUUUUUUUAUUUUAUAAAAAAUUUUUAUAUUAAAAUAAUUGUCGCUAGUUAACAAGGAAGGCUUUGCUUAAAGAAGGUAGAAUUUUUCCAUAUCAUUUGGCACCUUUUUAGAAGGGGAAUAAGAAAAAAUCAGAAGGUAGCAAAAAAGACCCAGUCGAUGACUCAGUGGAAAAACUUUAUCGUGCCUACCGAAAAAAUCUUGCUGAGUUUGGGAUCUCUAUGCCUAACCCCCUUUAAGAGUAAGCAAGAUUUUUUCGCUCGCCCUUUAAGGUCUUAUUUUUUUAAAAAAAUUUAUACUAAAAAUUAAUAUGAAUUUUUAAGAUUUUAAAAAAUUCAAAUUUCAAGCAUAAAAAAAAUCUAAAUUUAUAUAUAAAAUAUAAAAAAAAACAGGUAGAACUCAUUAAAUACAUUGGAAAAAAUAAAUUAAUCUUAAUUUUUCAAAAAAUAGGCAUUUAUUAAUUGUUUUGCUUAUUCUCUCUAAAGAAAAAGAGUAAGAAACUAGAAGAAAAAUUUGUUGAGCUCCGAGAUGACAAAAAUCCAGGGCGACUUAUAGAUUUGGUUGUCUGAGAAGAAAUCGGCCCUGCAGGAGUUCGUGCAAUAGCAGAUUCAUUGAGAGAUGUAAAAUAUCAGAACUUAAAAUGCAUUCGCUUCUGAAAAGCUAAUACAGAAGAUGAAGGAGUCCGAGCAAUUUGUCAGUUUAUUAUGCUAUGCCCAACAGUUACAACUUUAGAAUUUAUGGAAUGCAAUAUAACUCCUCUCAGCUGUGAGUUUAUAUCUGGGCUCUUAUCUCCCGUGACUACUAUACCAAUUUUGACAUUAAAAUUAGAUCACAAUAACAUUGGCAAUGAAGGAAUGGUAAAUCUGUCAAGAGGCUUGUGUAUGAAUUCAAUAUUACACCAUUUCCCAUAAAUAUACGAAUUUUCUAAUAAAAAUAGCUUAAAAUCUAUACAUAAAAAUCCCUAUAAACACCUUAAGCCUCACCUACUGCGGAAUUGAUGAAGAAGGCGCCAGACCUCUAAUGGAAAUUUUGAUUUAUCAAAAUUCUGCCUUAAAAGUCUUAGACCUGCAGGGCAAUGUCUUAAGAAACCCAGGAGUUUGCACAAUUUUGCAUGGGCUUCAAGUAAAUAAGUCUUUAACAGAGCUGAAUUUGACUGAUAACCAGUUCGGAGAAGAUGAGGCAGUAUUAGGGAAAAUCCAUGACAUGCUGGCUAAUAAUGAAACUUUGCAAAUUUUAGAUUUCAGGUAUAAUGGGUUUUAUGACUCAGGAGCUAGGGCUAUAUGCGAAAUGUUUAAAAGCAACCCUCAGGAGAAGCUAAAUUCGACGCUACAACAACUAAUUCUCCCACAAAAUAAGGUUUCUAAGGAAGUUCUGGCCGAGCUCGCAAGUAUUCUGAACAGCAAUAAAGGAAGAGGCAAAAAAGGAAAAAAAGGCAAAAAAGGCAAAAAGGGUAAAAAAUAA